CGGCGAGCGGGAGGCGGAGCCGGGCGGGGGCGGCCGCCGCGCCUCCCCUCCCCCCGCACACGCCGGGGCUUCUCAGUGGCCGCCCGAGGAGGAAGUUCCGCUCCCCGCCAGACCCGUGCGCUAGCAACAGCGGCGGCGGCGGCUGCGAGGGCGCAGGCUUUUGGGGGCGCGAAUGCCCUUCGUGCCGGCCGUCGAGGGGGCAGCGUCGGAGCUCUCCCCGGAGCCGGGAGCCUGGGGGCGGCGUCGGGAGGCGCGGGCGUGCGAGACCCCCUCCCUGCGACUUCGCCCGGCGCCGCUGCUUCGCCUUCCCGGCGAGGCGGGAGACCUCCCUCCCCGUUGGCAGACUUCCGAGGAGCCCCUUAUUUUUCCACCACCGAGGUGAAGAGAUUCUGAAAUCGAAGCGUCAGGGGUGGUUAAGUGAACCUUCUGCAACUCCUCGGAUCUGGUCAGGCUCCCGUUUGGGGCUGCAGACCACAUUGAAGCAUCUCACUGGGGUGCCGGAAUGGAAGACCCCACCUUGCAUCCUUUCUGCAGCGUUGCUUGCCUCGUCCGCCGUUAGGAAUGAAGAGGAGACUUGUGAUAACCCGAGGAGGUACUGAAAGCCAAAUGGCAGAGAAAAUAUCACAGGACACAAACUAGUGAUCGUGUGGGGGCCACACACGUUUUUGAAUGUAAUUGGACGAGCGUGAAAGAGGUGCCCUAUUAAAAAGCACAACAGUCCUUUAAGAGGAGCAAAAUUGAGUUUCCCCAUUUUUGCCAAGAUUUUGAAGACUGUUCAAUGUAUUGUACAUUUGAUAUAAGAUGAUAACUUUAUAAAAUAUUCUGCCCGAGAGCGUAAACGAUGACUACCCCGGCCCUGCUCCCUUUAUCUGGACGAAGGAUACCACCUCUGAACCUGGGGCCGCCUUCCUUUCCGCAUCACAGGGCUACCUUGAGACUUUCUGAGAAGUUUAUCCUCCUCCUUAUUCUAAGUGCCUUCAUCACCCUGUGUUUUGGGGCAUUCUUCUUCCUUCCAGACUCUUCAAAACACAAACGCUUUGAUCUGGGUUUGGAAGAUGUGUUAAUUCCCCAUGUAGAUGCCAGCAAAGGGGCCAAAAACCCUGGAGUCUUCCUGAUCCAUGGACCUGAUGAACAUAGACACAGGGAAGAAGAAGAACGUUUGAGAAAUAAAAUUCGAGCUGAUCACGAGAAGGCCCUGGAAGAAGCAAAAGAAAAAUUAAAAAAGUCGAGAGAGGAAAUCCGAGCAGAAAUUCAGACAGAGAAAAAUAAGGUAGUCCAAGAAAUGAAGACAAAAGAGAAGAAGCCACUGCCACCAGUCCCUAUACCAAAUCUAAUAGGAAUAGAUGGUGGAGACCCAGAAGAUAAUGACAUAAGAAAGAAAAGGGAAAAAAUUAAAGAGAUGAUGAAACAUGCCUGGGAUAAUUAUAGGAUAUAUGGAUGGGGACAUAAUGAACUCAGACCCAUUGCAAGGAAAGGACACUCCACUAAUAUCUUUGGAAGUUCACAAAUGGGUGCUACCAUAGUAGAUGCUUUGGAUACCCUUUAUAUCAUGGGACUUCAUGAUGAAUUCCGAGAUGGGCAAAAAUGGAUUGAACACAACCUUGAUUUCAGUGUGAAUUCAGAGGUGUCUGUGUUUGAAGUCAACAUUCGAUUUAUUGGAGGCCUGCUUGCAGCGUAUUACCUUUCGGGAGAAGAGAUAUUCAAGAUUAAAGCAGUUCAGCUGGCUGAGAAACUCCUUCCUGCCUUUAACACACCUACUGGGAUUCCUUGGGCAAUGGUGAAUCUGAAAAGUGGAGUAGGGCGGAACUGGGGCUGGGCAUCUGCAGGUAGCAGCAUUCUUGCCGAAUUUGGUACACUGCACAUGGAGUUUGUCCACCUCAGCUACCUGACAGGGGACCCCGUCUACUACAAGAAGGUCAUGCAUAUUCGGAAACUACUUCAGAAAAUGGAUCGUCCAAAUGGUCUUUAUCCAAAUUAUUUGAACCCAAGAACAGGUCGCUGGGGUCAGUAUCAUACGUCAGUUGGCGGGCUGGGAGACAGUUUUUAUGAAUACUUACUGAAAGCAUGGUUGAUGUCAGAUAAAACAGACCAUGAGGCAAGGAAAAUGUAUGAUGAUGCUAUUGAGGCUAUAGAGAAACAUCUUAUUAAGAAGUCCCGAGGAGGUCUCACCUUUAUUGGAGAGUGGAAAAAUGGGCACUUAGAAAAGAAGAUGGGGCAUUUGGCCUGUUUUGCUGGGGGAAUGUUUGCACUAGGAGCAGAUGGUUCCAGAAUGGAUAAAGCUGGUCAUUAUUUAGAGCUAGGGGCAGAAAUUGCACGUACAUGUCAUGAGUCAUAUGACAGAACUGCAUUAAAGCUGGGUCCUGAGUCGUUCAAGUUUGAUGGUGCAGUAGAGGCUGUGGCCGUCCGGCAGGCUGAAAAGUAUUACAUCCUCCGUCCAGAAGUAAUUGAAACCUAUUGGUACCUAUGGCGAUUCACUCACGAUCCAAGAUACAGGCAGUGGGGCUGGGAAGCAGCACUGGCUAUUGAGAAGUAUUGCCGAGUGAGCGGCGGGUUUUCCGGGGUAAAGGACGUGUACUCGUCUACUCCUACCCACGACGAUGUGCAGCAGAGUUUCUUUCUCGCUGAGACGUUGAACAGAGGGAGCUACAACCCAAAUUGUAUUUAUGUGGCAGUAACACAUAAUAAGAUAUUUGUAUCUGCUGUUCUCCAGUGACGACCUUUUACCUUUAGACCACUGGGUAUUCAAUACAGAGGCUCAUCCUCUGCCCGUGUUACAUUUAGCCAACACCACACUUUCAGGAAAUCCUGCUGUUCGAUGAAAAGCAGCUCCAGAAAGACCAUUCUCCCCUGUGUUUUGUUUACAUGGACCACUACAGAAAUCAGUCUGGAGGGGGGGCUUUUGGAAACCUGGACCUCAUAAGUCAACAUGGCAGGGUGAAACAUGACUGUGCCCCACAAGACUUUUCAACUUGUAGAUAUCUCAACUUUGAAAUGAUUCCAUUUUAUACCUGACCAAAACAUAUUCUGAUAUGUGUAGGACAGCGACCUGACACGCUUUGUUUCAUAAGGAGAUGGUCACAUGGGAAAUCAUGCCUGUUACUACUGUACUGUUUUUAGAGUCCUGGCAUCCGGAGACCAGACUGCCUGAGAAUAAGCCAAGAAUGCGGAGCACCUUGUGGAAGUGAGGGAUGGCCUUUGGAACUGAUUAUACAUUUGUUCCUUCCAAAGUGGAGCAGCUUUCGAAUCAGAUAUUUACUCAUCGUUUAUCCCUUUUUUCUCCAUUUUUAAUGGAAGGAACUAAAACAAACAACAAAAGAGCAGUGGAACCGCAUCAAGAGCAAGAGGUCUGGAAAAGACAACAAAAGUACCUGUUCCUGUCUCAGUUUUCAGGUUCCCCGUUGGACGAUCAGACUGGCAACCAUUUCAACUCUCAAUCUAUUCCAUUGAAAUCUCUUGGUUAAAUUUGAUUUUCUCUGGGGGCAUGAUCUCACAAAGAAUACUCUUCAAGUCUUCGUCUCCAUACGGAAUCAUUGAAACUGUUGUUUAUCGAAACCACUACUCACGAGCCUGGGUUUGGGAUUUCGUGCAUGUUGAUCAGUCUAGUGUUGGUAGCAUGACGACAAGUGGGGGAAAUGCUGCAGUUUGUUGCCUUGAAACCCGUUUUGAGAGAAAGCCUUGGUUUUGUUGGUAGGAGAUUUUAUUCCCCAAACCAGCAAAUCUACCAAGUGAAUUUUAUCCACUUUAACCUUCUUACAAAUUUAGUAAAAUCCCUCAACUUACAACUCUCUGUGGCUUGGCACAAUUCGCUGUACUAUUAUGCAGCUCCAAAUUUACCUUGAUGAGCCAAAUUACUUUUAGAACCUUAUGAAAUCAAAAACAAAAUACAGUGAAACUUGCUCAUACAUUCUAUCUGAAAUGGGAACAGGGGGAUCCUGUAUUAUCUCGUCAGAUGAGCGAACUUUUCACAAAUAUUUUAUGUCAAAAAUAAAAUUCAGCUUUUAUUUUCUCCAAGGAUAUUUAUAGAAAUCCAAAGAAUUAAUCAGAACCACUUCAAAGUAAUUUUUAGUGAUAAAAGUGUGGUAUAAUUAAUCAUAUUAACUAAAUUUGGGAUAUAUCUAAGGGAGUUUCUCUUACCAUAAAUAGAUUUUGCAGUGAUAUUUAUUUUUAAAGAAAUUACUAUUUCUUCAUAUUUGGGGGGAGGAACUGAAAUUUUAUCAAGAACUGUAUUGUAAGAUAAAUAUGAUUGUAAGUUUUCUGUCCCUUGAAUUUGUGUCACAGUGCAAGACACUUUUUCUUCUUUACGUUUAAUACAAACAGCUUCCAUUGACAAUAAAAGUUGGGAGCAUUAUAAUCAGUCUAGUAUUUACUCUGAACUUGAAGAUUUCAUGAAACAGUGUUUGUGCAAGAAGCCCACCUUGGAAUUCUGAAGGUUUAUUUUCUUAUUUUGAUAGCUUUUCUUUUUCAUCUCUUAUUAGCACGUAGCAGAUUUUAAUUGGAGAAAAGAUUUAAUAAAUUAACAUAAUUAAGUAUUUUCUAAGGGAUCAUCUUACGCCACAAAUAGUCCUCACAGUUCAGCAGUCGAUCCAUAAAUGACAACCAAACCCGAGAUUUUUCAGGAUACAUAGGAAAUAAGGAUGUGGAGCCAGUUGCAUUAUUUAAGUUUUUAAGAGAGUUAAAUUUUAGCACACAUUUUGAAAUUAUAGUAUCUUUUACUACUUGAAAAGUUAAAAUUUUGAAAUGAGAAGGGGAGAUGACUAACCUGAGAAAGGGAGAAUAUUUGGUUCUCAAAAAAAAACGUUAGCCUUCCUCCUAAAAGUAGCAUAAGCCCACUUAGGAGUCACUAAAAAACGUGAACCCCUUGAGGUGGCGAAGACCCAGAGCCGCUGAGUAGAUGGCAGCGAGUCUGCCCGUAUCCUAUUCAGAAGAGGGCAGAGUAAGGGGCCUUCUUGGUCUCCCAGGAGCUUCUCAAGGAAAGAGAAGACAGAGCCUCCGCCCCCUCGGCUGAAUGGGGCUUAAGAGAAGGCAGAGAGGUGCAUGAGUAUGGCCCUUUCUGUGCAAGCGAAGAAUCCGGAGAGGGGCAGGGGAAGCUUCGGUCGUCUUCACUGCCUGCUCCCUCCCUGUGAUGGUAAGACUAGAGCUGACCCCAACGCUUCCAUUGUUUUCUUCUCUGGAUACCAAAGGCAAUUAAAGUCAGCUACAAAGGACUUGCCAGUGUCAUGUUUUGUUUUUAUUACAGAUUUUUAAACUUAUUUCCUCCAGAAUCAAUCCUUGUCCUGUAUUCUACUUACUUUCCAACAGUAUUUACUUUCUUCCAUCCCUCACAGUCCUUUGCAUUUCGUAGACCUUAUUCCUCAGGUUAAAAUACUCAUUACACGUCUAAGACUCUCUGCAAAGAACCUAAAGAUGCUCCUUUCCAGAUGCCUCUUCAGAGAGCUGACACCCCGCUUUGUGCCUUUGGCGUAAGUGUGCUGAGUAGGCUGAUCAGUUGGCACAUGAAAGAAAAAAAUGGAGGUUGAACACCCCUCUCCCUUCUGCGUUUCUCUUUUAGAAUUUUAGACUCAUGCUUUUUUGUUGAAACUGGUAUAAAAUUGAUAAAACCAAGCGAGUGCGGUCCUAACCAAGAAGUCUCAGCGCAGAAAAACAAGGCCCCGGUCAGAGGGUUCGUUCUUUCUGUCCUGUGUCUGGCACCACCUUACUUCUGCCUUUGAGCAGAUGUUUAUAUGUAAAUGUAAAAUCUGGAUAUUGGAGGAGUGUGUCCCUUUUGUGGAAUGUUGAUCCUCAUUCUCCGUGAUGUCAUCUGAGGCACCCCAGGGUGCCACGCGGUUUGGAAUCGGGACCAUCAGCUUCUCCUCUCCACUCUCCAUUGCCAAAGUCUUUGUCAGAGCCACAGAUCUGUCGAUAAAAGAUUGCGCUUGCCAUUCUCAUUACGCAGCUUCCCCUCAAGCCUGGAUUUCCAUGAAUGAAUGCGUGAGCAAGUGAGAGAAUGAGUGUGCAAACACGGAGUACCUUGUAGGUGCCGAGCUUUACGCCGGGCACUCGCGAGCGUCAGACAUUUUGUGAUUCCAGUGGCAUGCAUACCAUUUUCACUGUUUCCCAGUCUGAAUCCUAUUACAAAAUCCCUAAUUUUAUAUGUCACUUAAAGAGGAAAAGAAAUGGUUUAUAACAUAUUUUAAGCAACGUGUUACUAUAUAAUACUAAGAGCUAUAAUUGUAGCUAAUAACUAAAGCCUCUUGGAAAAUGUUAAAGACAUACUUGACUUCUGAUGCAACUUUGACUAAAAUAUUUACUUUCGAAGUAAAUUAAAGCAUUCUUCUUUUGCUAUAUCGCCCUAAUUAUAUAAUUAAAAAUUAAUGUUUUAUAGAAACGCUGGUUAUUUUAUAUUCACGUACAUUUUGUCAUGGGUCAAAUUUGCAGUUGUACGUUGUUUUUGCUCUGCCAAUGGCCCUACCGAUGGUCCCAUGCUGUUGAAUAUAAAGAAAAAUAUACUAAAAUAUUUCUAAGUUCCAAAUAA